UGCUCUUUCAUGUGUUCCAUGUUUCUCAGUUCAUUAUUCCACAUUCACAGCUACUGAACACAUCGUAUCUGCAAACUGCAUAUUGAUCCUCAUAUAUUCUGAGAGACUUUUACCUGAGCUAUUUCAGUUCUCUGUACUGUCAGACUGAAACCAUGAGCGACAAGAAGCAAAGGCGACUGCCGAAAAUCGGAGAAAAACGGGAGAAGAGAGAAAAUGCAAGUGAUGUGAACCCAAACAAAAAGGUUCAUACAGGAGAUGUCCAUGGCCUCCUGACAUCACAUGUGUCCAGGCCUGUUGCACACAGAUGCACCCAGCCAGAAAUUGGCAAUGGCUGGCUGCUGAAACAACACAUAGGCAUCAUAAUGCAAACAGGUAGUGGCGAACUGGUUUCAACCCACCUUCCCCCAUUACCAGUUAAAGCUGUUGCCCAGCAGCAGGUCAAGAAGUUGAGCAAACGCUCCUCAGCCUCCAGACAUGGCUUUGUCACCCGGUUACCUGCAGUUGUCAAACAAGACUACAGCAACAAGGAAGGCAGUCAUCUGAGACGGGACAGACUGAUGCCUGUACAUCUGCCCCCGACUGAAAAUAUGACCCAGUCCAGCUCCAGCAGCUCCUGGUCAGCCGGACACAAACCUGACACGGCUGUCCUCAGGCCAACCACAGGGCUGAAAAACCUCUGCAGGCUGCCUGAUAUUAAAAACGCUCAAGUUAAGUGCUCCAGGUCAAAGAGCGGGAAUCUGCACAGACUGCCAUGUGGACUGCCGAGGAAAGAGGAACUUGAGAAGAACCUCAAGCUGCCUCCAAUUGCAAACGCGCAGAGGGCUAAGAGUCCCAAAGCGGACAUAGCAAAGAAAAAGAAGAAAAUUAUAUGAACAUGUAAAUCAUCUAAUUUCUCCCAUCAACUUUAAACUUUCUUACAUCAA